AUGUCUCAUCCGAGUGAAUCAGCUGCUGGGUCGCAUCUCGAUCCUGAAACUGGCGAGAUGAUUUCCAAGUCUGAACUCAAGCGCAGGACGAAGGAACGUGAGAAGAAGGCGAAGAAGGAAGCGGCCCCUCCACCACCAGCAGCUGGAAAGAAAGCCACGGACUCCCCAGCCACUGAUGAGAAGGAAUUGACGCCUAGCCAAUAUUUUGAGCUUCGGUCUCGUCAGAUCCUAAAGCUCCGGCAGACUUUGGACCCUAACCCAUAUCCUCACAAGUUCGAUGUGACCAAGUCAAUCACUCAUUUCAUUAGAGAUUAUGGAACCAGGCACACAGAUGUUGUCAGUGUUGCCGGCCGUGUGCACAAUAUGCGCGAGCAGUCACGGAUGCUUCGCUUCUAUGAUCUACAUGGUGAAGGAGAGAAGAUUCAAAUUAUGGCGUCUCAAGCAGACGCGUCCAAUCCUGAAGGCUUUAUCGAGCUUCAUAACCUCUUUAGGCGAGGCGAUAUCGUCGGUGUCAAGGGUUCCCCUCUCAGAACUAAGAAGGGAGAACUAUCAAUAGCACCUAUCGAGAUGACGCUCCUAGCGCCUAACCUCCAUCAAUUACCGACAACCCACUUCGGUCUCAAGAAUCAAGAGGAGCGGUAUCGCAAGCGCUACCUCGAUCUAAUCCUUAAUAAUCACACCAGGAACAUUUUCGUCACUCGGGGUCGCAUCAUCAAUUAUAUUCGGAGGUUCUUUGAUAACUUGGGAUUCUUGGAAGUAGAAACUCCAAUGAUGAACAUGAUUGCCGGUGGUGCAUCUGCCAAACCUUUCAUCACCCAUCAUAACGACCUCAAGCUUGAUCUUUUCCUACGCAUAGCUCCCGAGCUCUAUCUUAAGGAGCUCGUUGUUGGUGGAUUGGACCGUGUGUACGAAAUUGGUCGAGUUUUCCGCAACGAAGGCAUCGAUUUAACUCACAAUCCCGAGUUCACUUCCUGCGAGUUCUAUAUGGCGUACGCCGACAUGUAUGAUUUAAUGGAUCUCACUGAAAGUCUUGUCACCGGAAUGGUGGAGCACUUGACUGGGGGAUCAACGGUUGUUUUCCAUCCCGAUGGCAAGCGCGAUGGAAAGGAGGGUUCGGAGCAAAAGCGCGAAUGGGUGAUUGACUUCAAGCGACCAUGGAAGCGAUAUGACAUGAUCGAGACUUUGGAGGAGAAGUUGAAUGUCAAGUUCCCUGCUGGUGAAAAACUUGACACCCCUGAGGCUAACGUUUUCUUACAAGAUCUCUGCAAGAAGCACGGCGUCGAAUGCAGCGAACCGCGAACCACGGCAAGAUUGAUUGACAAGCUUGUUGGAGAAUACAUUGAACCGUUGUGCAUAAAUCCAUCCUUCAUAGUUGGUCAUCCUCACCUCAUGUCCCCCUUGGCCAAGUGGCACCGUUCGCGCCCCGGUCUUUGUGAACGGUUUGAGGCCUUCCUUUGCCAGAAAGAAAUAUGUAACGCCUACACAGAGUUGAACGAUCCUUUCGAACAGCGCUUGCGGUUUGAGGAGCAAAUGAGGCAGAAGGAGGCUGGUGACGAUGAGGCCCAGGGUAUCGAUGAGGUCUUCGUCAAUGCUCUGGAGCAUGGUCUCCCGCCAACUGGUGGCUGGGGCCUUGGUAUCGACCGGCUCGUCAUGUUUUUGACUGACUCUACCAACAUCAAAGAAGUGCUUCUAUUUCCAGCCAUGAAGCCUGUGGACAACGCCCCUGCGUCCGCUACCGCCGAUCAAGUGGUCGGAGUUCAACCUUAGCUCCCUUGCGGCGCUUUGUUCAACUUUAUAUAAAAUGUAUCUCUGAUCAGCAAUCUAGAUUUUAUUGUGCUCCCACCAGUCUUACGAUCAGAGCACCCUUUAUGCAAUAAUGACAGGUCACUAUUUUUUCGCAAGGGGCGAACACGAGGAAGUGUUUGGGUGGUCUCAAGUGGGACAGCUAAAGUCCGCAUCCCGUGGGGUCCGCGCUGUUGAUGGGCUUCACUUCCACCCUGGAUCUAAAUUCACAAUAUGUGACUGCUGGGAACCUGAGACGACAGUUCUCGCCUUCCAUUUCUCUUAUGGGGGCGGUUGCAGUGAGCGCGGAGGUGGCGGCUAAUCAAUAUAUACCAUUCAUUCUGGCU